ACAGGGCGACGUCUGGCGACCCACAAUCACUGGGGUGCCUGCGCCAGCGCCACCACGCUCACGUCCAAGUCCAUCAUCACUACGGCCGACACCAAACCGACAUCGGCUCGAGAUAAGCUCUCAUCAUUUUAAGCUUGCCUCCUCGUUGGAAUAUCUUGGCGGUAGUUGGAUGCCGCUCUUUGUUACAAGCUGUUGACGAUUCUGACGGCGAGUCAUCACUACACACUCACUUCGUUCUCCGCGUUGAACAAGACAAGGCUCUCAAGAAGAGGAGUUAAGGAAUCGAGAAACCGCAACAUAGAUUGACUGCUCCAGGAGAGAGAGGCACACUUCAAGGACCAGGUCCAACACCUACGGCCACGAGAUCCACGAUGGUUGAUGUAAUGGAGCAGACCCCUCCUCUCCUCCAUGGGCCCUCGGAGAAGGAGAGGAAGUAUGAUCGCCAACUGCGUCUAUGGGCAGCUUCAGGCCAAUCUGCCUUGGAAUCAGCACAUAUUCUCCUUGUCAACUCUGGAUGUGGUACGGUCGGGGUGGAAACACUCAAGAACCUGGUACUCCCGGGAAUCGGCAAGUUCACGAUAGCCGAUGAAGCAAAAGUCUCUGAUGCGGACUUGGGCGUGAAUUUCUUUUUGGAUGAGGGCUGCAAGGGCAAGUCUCGAGCUCAGUGCUGUGCAGAGCUUUUGACCGAGUUGAAUCCAGAGGUUCAAGGCAACUGGUGGCCGCGUGAAAAAUCAUCCAGCUUUGAAGAGCUGUUGGGGAGUCCAGAGCCAUUCACAGCCAUCUUGUACUCUGCGCCUAUCAGCGAGGAGCGGUUGCGAAUGCUGGAAACGUACGCGUCCCAGUUCCAAACGCCUCUCGUAGCAGUGCAAUCGGCGGGAUUCUACGGGUAUUUCCAGGUCAAGCUCCCCGGGGCCUUUCCGAUCGUGGACACUCACCCCGACGACACUGCGAUUGAUGACCUCAGGGUCCUAGCCCCUUGGCCUGAGCUGGAAGACUUUGCCCGGAACAUGACGAAGAACUUCGAAAGCCUCGACGACCACGAACAUGGGCAUCUCCCAAUGGUGGUACUGCUACUGCACUAUCUCGAAGAGUGGCGGAAAAGCCAUGAUGGCGCCAAUCCUAUCAGCCUGAAAGACAAGACCGAGUUUCGGAAGGGCUUGGAGGCGGCUAUGAGGAGGGACAACGCCGAAGGAGGCGAGGAAAACUACGAGGAAGCCGUGUCUGGAGUCAUGAGGCACGUACAGCCGCCGGCUCUACCCAGCACGCUCCGCCAGGUGUUUGACUAUCAGCGCCAAGGGACUGAUGCAGACUCCAGCUUCUGGCUUAUUGCGGCUGCUGUGAAAAGAUUCCACGAGAAGCAUGGCACGUUGCCAGUGUCCGGCGGCCUUCCCGACAUGAAAGCACAGUCGGACGUCUAUAUCAGACUGCAGAACCUCUACAAGACCAAAGCCCGCCAAGAUGCGCGCGAGGUGCUUGCCACUGUACGCAGCAUGGAGGGCGGGGCAGACGUCGACUCGGCUGAAGUCGAACUAUUUUGCACAAAUGCGCGGUUCAUCAAGCUCAUCAACGGCGCUGACGUGGCGCCCAAAACUCUUGUCCAUGUCACAGAGCAGGAGCUGGCAAAUGACGAAAUGGCGGCUGUGGUCGGGCCGGAGAUGCCUUACUCAUUGAUUGGCAUCUACCUCGCGCUCACGGCCACGACGCACCUCGAAUCCGCAUCUGAGGAGGACAUUGAGUCCUCCAUCGCUAGGCAUGUGCCCAUCGCCGCCGGCCAGGAGCGGAUAUUGAAGGCAGCCAAAGAGGUGGCACGAGCUGGCGGUGUCGAACUGCACAACACAUCGGCUGUUCUUGGCGGUAUGGUUGCGCAGGAGAUGAUCAAGAUCAUCACCAAGCAGUACAUCCCCGUCGACAACACGUGCAUCUUUGAUGGCAUCGACAGCCGCUGUCAGGUCCUCCGCCUAUGAUGGAUCUUUGAUGGGUAAUAGCCCAGAGGGCCAGAUGGAGCACCAGCUCGCAUCGGCGUUAAAGGUUAAAAAGUCGGGCUUGGUGAUGCGACGCGCGGGGGUUCGGGGUAUGGGGAACCCCAUGGGUAGGAUUUCGGGAGAUGUGUCAAACCGGGGCCAAGUUCCGCGAAGGGAAGGCGUAUAGGAUAUUAGGAAGGGUGGCCUGCGAGGCAUCUCCCCUUUUGGCCUCGCAACCCUUGUUGAUCAUGCAGCUUAGGGCGACUCGCCGCAUCGCAAGCGCGUGCAUCUGCGUACUCGUGUACGG